CCGCCCCUCAGCGCUGCCGGCGGGGUGGGGCGGCAGCCGGGGCCGCCGCCAACAUGGCCGCUUUGGCUAUGGCUGUCGCGGCGGCGGCGGUGGCCGCCGGGCAGCAACAGAAUGACAACUGUUCCAGUACUGCAGGUGCUGGUCGACAAUUUCAGAACUGGAAGAUGAAAGCUGAACAAGCUAAGAAAGUUGAAUUCAUAAGAACUGCAGAAAAGCUAAAAACCCAGCUUGCAAAUGCAGAAAAGGACAAAAGUGGACAUCUUUACAAUAGGAAGAGUGAUUUCAGAGUAGAACACAGCCUGCUACAGGAACUGGAACAUAGCAUGACUGUCAGCAGGAAAACUGAAAAAGCUAAAAUCCUGCAGCAGCUAUCAAAAAUACAAAAUAAUGUGAAGAGACUUCAGCAACAAUUAAAAGAUGUGAAGCCUACACCAGAAUUUGUUGACAAGCUCAAGGAAAUGAUGGAAGAAGUUGAAAAUGCAAUCAAUGCCUUUAAAGAGGAACAGAGGCAAAUAUAUGAACAGCUUUUGAAGGAGGAAAAAACUGCCAUUAAUGAGCUCAGUAUCUUUGAGAGAAAAGUGGAACUGUGGGCGUUAGGCAGCUCAACAACAGAAAAAGUUUCGAAAUUACCAUCAGCCAGGGUCUCAGUUGGUAAAACACUGGAAAAUAAUCUACCUGAAGAAGUAGUAGAGUUUGAAAGAUUUCUUCAGCGAACAGGAGGGCGGCAAGGAGGCUGGGAUGAUUACGAUCAUCAAAAUUUUCUGAAAGUAUGGACAAAACACAAAGGAAGGCUGUCAUAUGUGGAUGAAGCCCUUGAGUAUCUUUGUGGAAGAACAAAAGAAGAUAUUGAAGAGCAUGACAAAUGGUAUCAAGAAUUUCUAAUUUUACAUGAAAGAAAGAAAGAGUCAAUUAAGAAGUGGAAAGAAAAGCAGCAGCAAGAAAAAAGAAACUUGAAGGAGAAAUCAGAAAAAAUGAUUAAGGAAGAAUGGCUACAGCGUGAAGCUCAGAAGCAAAAAGCAGCAGAAGAAAGAAAAAGACAACAAGCAGCAGUUGAAGCAUGGAAGAAACAGAAAGCAAUAGCAUUUGUAUUGCAACAAGCAUCACAACUAAAACUAGAAGAAGAGAAGGAGAAGAAGCAACGAAAAGAACACCAGCGUCAACACCACGUGAAGUUACUGUUGGAAGGGUAUACCUUGCAGAAGAUAGAAAAGGAGGAACUGGAAAAGCUUGAGAAGGAGAAGAGAGAGGAAGCUGAAAAGGAGAAAAGGAGGAAAAUUGCUGCAGAAGAAAUUACGAAGUUUCAAGAACGUGAUCUACGUAAACUGGAGCUGAGGAUUCUACGAAAACAAGCUAAAGAAGUAGAGAAACAAGAAAAAGAAAAAAGGUUGGCAAAGUUAAGAGAGAAGACCACUUUUUUGUUCGUUUUGCUCCGAGGUCGAGAUUCAUGUAGCCAGAGACCGCUCCAGGUUGUACAGACCUACCAAGGGCUGGGAGGAACGCAUGAAAGAGAUCGCACCAGCAGCUUCAGAACUGUUUUUACGUAUUCCUCAUAGAGCUAUCCCAGCCUGGAGACAAGGGUUAUAGACAAGCACCUGCCUGUCCCUGUCGCACGAUGAUGACUUCCUUGCCUGUGAAGCGGCCAGCAGUUCUCAGGAGUUGUCACAAAAUUUGCUUGACGCAAUGACGUAUAUUACCUUUGUAUUUUGUGAGUGUCAGAUUGGAAACCUCAGACUGGCA